GGAACAGAGCAAAACGAGCAAGUUGUGGAAAUUGGAAAAAGAAAAAUCAACACACAGUCUCUCUCUCUCGAUCCGAAGUGAUAUAUUUUAAAUAUUUUUGGGUUCUAUAGAGCUAUAUAGUCUCUGCUCUCCAAGCCAUUUCUCAAAUAUUCCCCAUUUUCACCAACCCUUUUCAUCAAUUCAUCGCAACCAAUCUUUGGUUUCCGUACCAAAUGACUGUGAAGAAAAGCAACAAUACAUGGAAAUCCUUCAUAACAAGCUGUUUGAACCUGCCCUCCAAGCCCAAGAUCAAGAUCAAUAACAAGGUGAGCUCAAAACUGGGUUCGUUUCGAAGGAUCUCAGUCUCGGAGUUGAGCAACCCCGGGUCGACGUUCUCGGAGGAUCUCUCUACCUCCCUUGCUGGGUCAAACCUUCACGUGUUCACCUUCGCCGAGCUGAGGGUGAUCACGCAGAGCUUCUCGACGAGCAACUUCCUCGGUGAGGGCGGGUUCGGCCCAGUCCACAAGGGCUUCAUUGAUGAGAAGCUCAGACCUGGCUUGAAGCCCCAGCCUGUGGCAGUUAAGCUCUUGGACCUGGAAGGCCUGCAGGGUCAUAGGGAGUGGCUGACAGAAGUAAUCUUUCUUGGGCAACUGAGGCAUCCACAUUUGGUGAAGCUGAUAGGGUACUGCUGCGAAGAUGAGCACCGGCUUCUGGUCUAUGAAUACAUGCCGCGAGGCAGCCUGGAAAAUCAACUUUUUAGGAGGUACGCUGUGUCACUUCCAUGGUCAGCCAGAAUGAAAAUUGCACUCGGAGCAGCAAAGGGCCUUGCCUUCCUCCAUGAAGCAGAGAAGCCAGUCAUCUAUAGAGAUUUUAAAGCUUCGAACAUAUUGUUAGAUUCUGAUUACACUCCCAAACUCUCAGAUUUCGGUCUAGCAAAGGAUGGUCCUGAAGGAGAUGAUACCCACGUUUCCACUCGGGUCAUGGGUACCCAAGGCUACGCUGCCCCGGAGUACAUCAUGACUGGUCAUUUAACGUCAAAGAGCGAUGUUUACAGCUUCGGAGUAGUGCUUGUAGAGCUUCUAACAGGGAGGAGGUCGUUGGAUAAGAGCCGGCCUCACCGGGAGCAGAACCUAACGGAGUGGGCUAGGCCUUUGCUAACCGACCCCCGCAAGCGGCCGAUAAUGGAUCCAAGACUCGAAGGCCAGUACUCUGAGACCGGAGCUCAGAAGGCGGCCAUGUUGGCUUACCAAUGCCUCAGCCACCGCCCUAAGCAGAGGCCCGCCAUGAGUACCGUGGUCAAGGCCCUGGAGCCUCUCCAGGACUUCGACGACGUCUCGGUCGCACCCUUUGUCUAUACAGUUCCACCCGAGAACGACUUGCACAAAGAAGAUCUGAAGAAAGGCGAAGUUCAAAUGAUUUUAGAGGAAGAAAAUGGACGUGGAAAUGGGCAUGACCAAGAAGUUCAGAAGCCACCGAAGUCGCAAUCAAUUUACUCAGAAACCGCACUCAGCCAAAAACUAAGAAAUGGGAUGGGAUCUCCCCUGCACAAUGGAGGCAGGGGAAUAUAGACUCAUAAAAUUAUUACGUAGAGGAGUUGUAAAUCAAAUUGUAGAUAGAAUUUAUUUCUUUUAUGAGGGUUGUUUUGGAUUAAUGGCAUAGUAUGGAGAACUUUUGGGUUUUGUGAUCCA